CGCCUUGGACUUAACGAAAACAUCAUAGCCGAACGCCAUCUCAGUGUCGCAUAGCAGCAAGCCAUGGACUCUUAUACUCUGAAACAUACGUGGCCGCUUGUGUGCUAAUAGAAACGAGCUGGCUCAUCUUCAAUCUGCUUAGAGAUUGGUCAUCUACUCUUCUCAUGUUGCAUUGCUCAAUAUAGAGUCUCUUCUGCGUCUUCUUCACCAUGUCUUCAGUCUUCACCAUCAAAGAGCACAUCAUCGACGCGUCUCAUAUACGAGAGUUCCCACGCGCCCUAGCGAAUUCGCAGGAAGAUGUUCUCAAGCUCGCCGUCAAAGAAUACAUUCCCAAAGACAAUCCGAACCCUCAACCCGGCGACGUGACCAUCCUGGGAGCCCAUGCCAACGGCUUCCCCAAGGAACUCUACGAGGCACUCUGGGAGGAUCUCCACGCGCAUGCGCGCCGUCAUGGCUUCCGCAUCCGUUCUAUUCUGAUCGCCGACGCCGCCUGGCAAGGCUAUUCGGGCGUGCUCAACGAAGACAAGCUCGGCAACGACCCAGGCUGGCUGGACCAUCCGCGCGACAUGCUGCAUCUCGUCAACACGCUCCGGCCGCCCCGCCCCCUCGUCGGCAUCGGCCAUUCCUUCGGCGGCAACGCCGUCGCCAACCUAGCCCUCUCCCACCCGCGGCUCUUCACCGCUGUCGUCCUCCUCGACCCCGUCAUUUCCAAGUGGUCCGCCUCCGCCAAGGGUUUCGUCAACGCGUCGCCCGCCGCCAGCUCCGCGCGUCGCCGCGACCUCUGGCCCUCCCGCGAAGCCGCCGCCACCGCCUUCCGACGAAACCCGUUCUAUUCCGCCUGGGAUCCGCGCGUCCUCGCCUCGUGGGUGGAGCACGGCCUGCGCGAGACCCCGACGCCGAGGUACCCGGGCCAAGCCGACGCCGGCAAGGUCACCCUCACCACGACCAAGGACCAGGAGGUCUUCACCUACUUCCGUCCCAGCUGGAACGCCUAUGACGCCGAAGGAAAGAACCUCCUGCGGCCCGAGCUCGUCCCGGACAUGGACCCGUCGCUCAACGAGCGUUACUACACGUUCCCCGUGUACCGAGCGGAAGGCGCCAGCACCCUGGCUAGGUUACCGACCCUGCGCGCCCCGGCAAUGUACAUUUUCGGCGCCGAAAGCGAUCUAUCGACGCCCGAGCUAAGGGAGGAGAAGAUGCGCGCCACGGGGGUUGGCGUGGGAGGGAGCGGCGGCGAGGCGAAGGGCAGGGUCGAGGAAGUGACCCUCGAGGGCAAGGGUCAUCUGAUCCCCAUGGAAGUUCCCAACGUUUGUGCCGAACACUCGGCGAGGUGGAUUGCCAAGGAGCUACAGGUGUGGAGGGCAGAGCAGGCCGAGUACGAGGCGUGGGCGAAGCGUAGCCGGGAGGAGAAGACGACGCUCACAGGCGAGUGGCAGAGAUACCUGGGGAGGCCAGAGCGGCCGGACAGCAAGAAGGGGAAGGCCAAGAUUUGAGGAGCGCUAGAGUACCUUAUGACUACGGAAGUGCCAGUAUCCAUUACAUUAUCAUCGUAGAGUUUCGCCGAUGAAAUGAGGCGGUCGGUCGGUCACGUCCUUAGUUCGGAAGGUGGCGCCAAUUAAUAUGUUAGAUGCCCACAGCCACCUUAUCGAGACAAGCUGUAUUAUAUUAGACGCGUGGAGUACCUUAUUUCUAUAUAUCUAUACUUAUUUCCCCUUAUUUUUCCUAAUACUUAGAUAUCCCCG